UCCACAUCCAAUCCAUCGUUCCUUGUUUGAGCAAAAUGGCGUCCGCCACAGAGGACGAUGAUGCUUGGUUGUACGGUGAUAACGAGAAAACGGACGCUGGUGCAACGAAUGAAAGGAGCAGUGAUUCGAAGUCACAGGCGGAUGAUUCAACACAUUUGCAAAAUAAAGAUGAAUCGCAACAGGAUGACAGAGAAGCCGGUGAGCUCAGCUGUGAGGAUGAGCAGGGGCAGCAGUCGGAGGAAGGUCCAGCCACGGACCCUGUGGAGGCCGAUGGUGAAGCGAAAGGUCCAAGUUUCGAGGCUGACAAGAAUGGCGACGCUGGAGACGGAGCGGAUGAGGACGAGGAUGAUGACGACGAUGACGACGACGAUGUGCAGGUGACAAUACGAGACAUCAAGACCUCCCCAUACGCCAGCUAUCCGGGACCAACGCAGACUGUCAACCUGAACAUAAAGCGGGGGCCCCCGUUCACCAGCAACCUAGGUCCCGGCUCGGGGGUUCCGGGCGUGGGCAAGACCAAGGGCCUCGACAUAGAUGAGGUGGCGCUCAUCAAUGGCACAUCCAUUUACGAGUUCAACAUUGAGUCCCUAGAGGACAAGCCGUGGCGCAAGCCAGGUGCCGACAUCACCGACUAUUUCAACUACGGCUUCAACGAGGACACCUGGAAAGUCUAUUGCGACCGGCAGCGUAAGCUUCGGUCGGACAACAAUGUGCCCAUCAAGGAUUGGCGGACGGGGAGGAACGAAGUGUAUUUGGGCGAUGCCCAACUGGCCUGGCAGCAGCAGAGGCAGCAGCAGCAGCAGCAGCAGCAAGGGACCCUUCCCCCUGAACCUCUGCUGCCGCAGGUUCCCAUCCCUCCGGUAAACGAGAACAGCAAGUACACAGGCGUGGUCAUAGGCGUCCCUCCGCCCCCACUGGGCGGCAAGAAGGCAGGACCCCCACCGGGGCGCAAGAUGUCCGGCAGCAUCGACGUCAUUGGCGGCGGCGCCCCGUCCCUGCCAAGCCGGCGACCGGGCGCCGCCAAGGAAGGGGUCAUUCAGGUGAUUGGCUCCGGAGACCAGCCCCUGGGUGGCAUCACCCUUCCACCGACACACAUGCCACCACCUGGCUACAUGGGCAUGGGCCUAGAAGGUCUCGGUGUGCCGCCGCCCAUUCCAGGCAUGAUCCCCGGUAUUCCACCACCGGGAUACGAGACUGGUGCCUUCCCACCACCACGGUUCACACAUCCACCGCCACCAUUGCCAGGAAGCACCGGUGGCGGGCCCGGCGGAGACCGUGGCUCGUCUUACGGUGAUGAUGGCCGCUCGUCCUAUUACAACGGUGCCAGUGGGUAUGGCCAGUCGUAUGGGGACGACGGCGGAGGCAGUGGCGGCGGAUCCUGGUCGGGCCGGGAACGCAGCGAGCGCAGCCAUGGCGAGCGAGGUGAUCGUGGCGAACGAGAACGUGAUCGGGAACGCGAAAGGCCCUCGUCGCGCCGUGACUACGACGACGAGGAGCGGCGUGAGUCACGGCGCUACCGCGAGUACUACCGCGAGCGGGAGCGAGAACGCGACAGGGACCGGGAGCGUGACCGGAGAGAGCGAGGAGGUGGCGGGGAGGACGAGUACGAGGAGACAUCGUCGUCGUCACGCUACGAACGGCGGCAUCGCGAGCACCGUGAGACAAAGAAGGAGCGAGAAAGGCAUCGGUCAUCACGCCGCCGCCACCACCGUGAGGUGAUGACUGAAGAGGAGGAAGAAAGGCGCUCGUCUAAGCACAAGCACAAGCGGUCCAAGAAAGAGCGGCCACCUGUCGAAGAGGUCGAGGUGCCGUCUAGCGAGGCCGGUGGUGUGCCCGAUGCUGGUGGUGAUGAGUCGAAGGCUGACUGACAUUCUACGCUGUACGGUGAAAGUGUACAGGUUGGGCCAAAUGGUGUGAGGGGAAGGGUGCAGCAGGCGGAACAUUCGGACGUGCUUCGAGAAGGCAGCACCCAGAGACAUGCGGAGAGAUCUUCGCAGUACAGCAGUCUGCUUCGAAUGCUGUAGCAUAGUGGCUAGCACAAAGCAAUGAAGAUGGGGCAUGAUUGCCAGUGAUGUGUUAGUCUAUGAUUUGCCUCAACAGCUAUUGUUGCCCUAACCACCUUUGCUUGUUUGAGGGAACUUGCACGAAAUGCUAUGGCCACCACAAAAUUCUCUUGGACAUAAUGUACAGAACAACCAGGAGUAAGUCUUUAGCUAGUUGAUCGGGUUAAGGCUGAAACGCUGGGCUCAGUAAACUGUCAUAUUGGCUGCUUCUCCUUCAUUUUGUUCAAGCUUCCUCUGCCAUACACGUGCUUAGCGCUUGUUAGUAAGAGCAGCAGCACUUGUUGUACUAAAAUAAGAAGACAUUUUUACCAGUAAUUACAUGCGUAGCAACAUACAAAGGCAGCAUCUGCUUGGUUCUUGCUGGGCAUCAAAAUUG